AUGCACUUUGUUGCUAUACUUGUCGUGUUUGAGUGGUGGGCCCGCAACUACAGCGGUGUCCUAACGUCCAUACAUAUUGUUAUUACAUUCCGUGUACUGCAUUAUAGGACUUGCCUUUUACGGCUUGUGCGACGUGUUGCGCGUCAUGCCGCCCCCCUUGUAUCUGGGAUGAACUCCCUGAACAACUGUCACAAAAGAUCAACAUCGACGCUCAGUAUGCCUCGCAGCUACCAUACCGCUAUGCACCCCACCUGCCAUUCUGAUAGUGAAUCAGAGCAUGGCUCUAUCGCCGACACUGCUCACUCUGACCCACCUUCGGACGUGGACACUCAGCCCAGCACGCCGCCGGAUCCUCAGCAGCUAGGGCAGGUCGCUAUAUACUCACCUGGUCGUUCCUUUACCGAGAACGACCGCGAUCAACUCCCAGUGAUCAAGUCCCUCGGGUACGGAGAUGAUGCCGUCACGGGUCGUUACGUUAUCGACACUCUCACCGAAGUCGCCAUCCCGGAGAAGUUCUGGGAUCUAUUGAGGCGCACCUGCCCUGACCGUGAAUACCUUGCCCUCCGCGGGUAUUUCAAGAUCGUAUGGCAGCUACAGACGGAGUGGGUGGCUGUUGGUCGGAAGGGGUUCGUGACGAAGUCCAUUGAAGGGCUGAGCGAUGCACAAUUUCGGCUGAUGCAGAAGACGCUGGAGCGAAGCUGGAAGUGGAAGUUGCGGAAAGGAGAGCUUAAGCACUGGAUCUCGUUCCUGCGCUGCAUGCGCAUCGAUUUUUGGCCUGAGGAGGGUCUAGCAGUGGCCAUUGCGCCGACGUUCGAUGAAGACUUCACUUCACCUCUUGUGGGUGUCGUCGAGGUGAUCAUGAAACAGUGCGCAUCAGGAAAAACCGCCCAUUUGCCAAAGCACUCUGAGAUACUCUGA